CAGCAGAUCCCACCUUGAUUGACAUGUCCACCCAGAGAGGAGAGUUGCAUGAGCUUAAGGCGCUGGCAGUUGCCUACCGACCUACAUGAAUGAAGUGGCCCUACUGCCCCUCGCGAUUACCUUUCUACAAUCACAAUCGUCAAUCGUCUGGUAAUGAAAGCAGUGUGAUAUUUCCUAAUGUUCAGCGCUGUCUUUCGAUCCUUGCCCAACUGCGUGGCACAACGUUUAACUGCUGCGUACUUUCGAGCAAUCACUUUCCGGUCUCAGGGACUCCAUAGUUUAUCAACCACAGAGCAAGUUAGUAAAAAAAUGAGGGUCCGUGUUUUGCCUGCUCUACAAGACAAUUAUAUGUAUUUGGUCAUUGAUGAGGAAACACAGAAGGCAAUGAUUGUAGAUCCAGUUAACCCAUCUACUGCCCUUGAGGCUGUCCAAGAAGAAAAUGUCAGUCUGACCUCUGUGCUGACAACUCAUCAUCAUUGGGACCAUGCUGGAGGAAAUGAGGAGCUGGUCAAAAGGCAUCCUGGUCUUGAAGUUUAUGGGGGUGAUGAUAGAAUACCAGCUCUAACAAAGAAGGUAUCUCAUGGCAAUACAUUUUCAGUGGGUAAACUACAAAUAGAAGCACUGUUUACCCCAUGCCACACAGCUGGCCACAUUUGUUUCCUUGUUAGUUCACCUGGUGAACCCUCUGCAGUUUUCACAGGAGAUACCCUUUUCAUUGGAGGAUGUGGACGGUUUUUUGAAGGCAGCCCAGAGCAAAUGUACAAAGCAUUGGUUGAAAUUUUAGGCAAUUUGCCAGAUGAUACGAAAGUGUUUUGUGGGCAUGAGUACACAGUUGCCAACUACAAAUUUGCCAAACAUGUGGAGCCCCACAAUAAUGAUUUACUAGAGCAAGAUGCAAGAGCAAAACAGAAGAGGGAGAGACAAGAACCAACUGUUCCAUCUACUAUAGGAAUUGAGAAACUUACCAAUCCUUUCAUGAGAGUUUGUGAAAGUAGUGUCCAAGAACAUUCAGGACAACAUGAUCCAAUUGCUACUAUGCAACACAUUCGCAGAGAAAAAGAUAACUUCAAGGGCUAAAAGUUUUCAGAAACAAAAAUGUCAUAUUUUGAAGGCUCUGAAUGUUAAGACAUGUUCAGUUUUAUUACAUUUCUUUAAUUAUUUGUCUUUGGUUAAGGUUUAUGUUGCUUUCCCUAGUACAUGAAACUGUUGUUUGAUUGUCAUUCAAAUGUUGAAAACCUGACAAAUAAUGUGGUACUGAUAUUCAAAAUGGGUGUAGUUAUAUUGCUGCUCGACACCCAGUUAGUGGAUUGCUAACAUUAAGCGUUUUUUACUGUUACAAUUUGAAAACCAUCUAGUGAGAAUGUAGUUUUUGAGGGUUGUAAAGCCUCUUCUGUUCCCAGCAACAUGUUGGCAGUCAGACCACAACUUCAUGUUUCUAGGGUUUUUUUGUUUGUUUUUUUAAUGUGGUCUAUGUUGGUACCAUAGACAAUAUUUCCACUUCAGAUGUUGAAGGACUAAUUUGGAGGUAUAUUCCAAUUCCAGUGCUAUUCAUGUCUAAUUUUACUUAUGUGUGUUACAAAUAAAUAAACAGAUUUUAUUGAA